GAAGUGGAAACGCCGCCCCCAGCCGUCGUAGUAGCCCCCAGCACCGUCACUCGGUCUGCUAUGAACUUUUUCACUCAACAGUUCGGCAAUUCACAGUCCAAGGUUGUUCAGAUAAGUCAGCCGCCCAUAUUCGAAGACGUCGACGAGGCGGUGUUGUUGACGAAGAAAGAGGUCCUCUCAAAAGUCCAUUCUCUCCUUUAUUACAUCUGUGUUGGGGAUCUUGAUGCUUAUCAAGAGAUGGUGUUACCUACUAUGACCUGUUUUGAACCUGAAACAAAAGGGCAGCUUAUUGAGGGGACGCAGUUUCAUCAGUUCAUGUUUGAGAACUCCAAACGGGACAGACCAAAAGUAAAUUGCACGAUGAUAGCGCCGCACGUGCAACUGCUCGGAGCUGACGCUGCUGUUGUCAGCUAUAUUCGUCUAGUCCAGUGCACAAACAGUACAACUAACAUGACGACAACAGAACGCUGGAGUGAAACAAGAGUACUACACAAAGUGAGCGACACAUGGAAACUAGCUCACUGUCAUAGGAGUCAAUGAGAAUGUUGUUAAGGGACACCCACUGACCAUCUAGGUCAUUGAGAUCAGUAUUAAGAUAAACUAACGAAUGUCACACUUGUUUAUCAUUAUUUGGGAUCAAAUACGACAAUUAUCAUUUGACUUCAUCACUAUAUACUGGAUUAAACUGAAAAUGGCAAAUAGUUAAUUUUGACCAUAUUAACGAUUAUAUUUCACAGGUAAACAAUAUACUGGUUAUCAUUUUAUUUCAUUAUGCCCAGAUUGUAAGAUGUAUCAUAAGUUGACGGUUUUAUCAGCUAGGAAUAGGAUGUAAUUUAGUUUUACCAUUUACUCAGUUUUUGAAAAUGUACAAUUUAACCUGGUUUGAUGCAUCUAAUUUAUCGUUUUGUUGUUGUUGCAUAUUGUUAGCAUCUAUGGUAGCUUGUCAAUUGUAUAGAGUUUCAUUGGUGUGUAAUCCGAAUUAUAAAUAUCAUUAACAUUAAUUGUUUACUUUUAUUUUAAUUUAUCCUUGUAUGAUACAACUAUUAUUGACCACGCAGCUGUGAAUCUUAACUAAUUAAAGUAGCUGAAUAGGUCGCAUAUUUUUGCGGUUUUAAAUGGCGCAUUUCAAUUCUCCGCUAUUUAAUCUGGGUUUUUAUUUUUCUUUAUUUAUUUGAUGCCACGUUUAAGUUCUUACUCAAAGUUAAACUUAUUAAUGUGGAAAAAAUCUUGAUUUUUCAGUUAAUUCUUAUCAGCAUAUUCUUGACUCAAUAAUGAAUAACACGGACCACCGUUUGUUAUCACGAUCAAGUUUUUCAAAUUCCAUUCCUUUUUGGAUGACGAACUUACCGUGAUAAAAUAUUUAUUCUUAGCAUGAUUUAAACUUAUUAAAGUUACCGGUUACAUAUCUUCACGAACUAUUAUUUCAGGUUAUAAUAGGAAUAUUUAUUUUUGCAAUCGUCUUAAAUGAUUUAACUUCAAUAUUUCUUCUCUCACAUCAUUGUUACAUAUCAUUUUGAAUGGAAUUGUAUGAUGUAUUGCAUGUUAAUAUAAUACGAUAACAAAAUUUUGUGUUAUUUUAAAAUUAGAUGAAAU